AUGGCCUCAUCAGCCAAACCUAGGGAACCCAACAGCCCAGCAGAAAGGGAGACCACCGAUGCCCCCCCGUUUUUUGAACAUUUGGAAGGUCAAUGGAGGCAUGGACGUUAUUAUGGCGACUGGAAACCAUGGAAGUAUAUCUUUCCAAUCGACGCGGAAGAGCUUAAUAGGGCCGAUAUGCUGCACAAAUUCUUUAGCCUUGCCAACGAUGAAGAGAUCACUACAGUUAAGCUUAGGAGCGAUCGCCAAAUGAGGGUAAUGGAUCUUGGUACUGGAACCAGUAUAUGGGCUACUCUGUUUCUUCGAAAGUUCACCCAGGCUCAUGUCUUAGGGGUCGACAUCAACCGAAUUCAACCGCCCACAAUCCCCAUACGUUUAUCAACGAUUCAGUUUGACCUCGAAGAACCAUGCUGGGACAAGCUGUGGCAAGACUGUGACCUCAUUCACAUUAGACAAUUGCUCGGUUGCAUCGAAACCGACCUAUGGCCCACAAUUUACAAAAAUAUCUUCAACCACCUGGUGCCUGGCAGCGGUUAUAUUGAGCAAACGGAGAUUGACUGGGACCCUCAAUGGGACGAGAGUGGUGAUAUACCUUCGCCGUCAAGCCUCAAAGAGUGGGCUGACAGAUUCCUGGCUGGCUUGGAUAGAAGUAAGAGGAGCGGUAGGGUAGACCCUGCGCAUAGGCGUCGAAUGCUCGAGGAUGCCGGUUUCACUGAGAUAGAGGUGAAGACCACGCGGUUGUAUGCCAGCCCGUGGAGCCGGGAUGAAAGAGCCAAUGACAUUGCGAGGUGGUUCAAUAUGUCAUUCAUCAAUGGUAUAGAAGGAAUGAGCCUGACACCAAUGAUCGACUAUGGGGACAUGAGAAUAGAAGAGGUCAGAAAUCUCUGUCACCGAGUGGAUCGAGAGAUGGCUCAUCUCCAAUACCAUGGGUAUAUGACGCUCUACACCUGGAAGGCAAGGAGAGCCUCUUAG